AUGCCGCCAUCACCAGAAAUAAUACCAGUGCAAGACACCGCACCACCAAUUAACCCAUCCAAAAAGACCACAGCACCCAAGACCAACCAGCCAACUCCAAACAACGCAGCAGAGCCCUACUCCGCCUUCCCACAAUCCACCCGCACCAACCUAACCUACAUCCUCGGCAUAAUCCAACUAAUCUCCACCCUCACAACAACAAUCUACUUCCCGCUCAUCCCCACCCUCAGCGCCCACUUCUCCGUCUCCAUCCAAGCCAUCAACUUAACCGUGACCGUCUACGCAAUCUGCCAAGCCAUAUCCCCUGGUAUCUUUGGUUCUCUGGCAGAUUCCUAUGGCCGUCGACCCAUUCUACUCGGUCUCGUUACCACAUACACGCUCGCGAGUCUGGGUCUCGCGUUGAACAAGGACAGUUAUCCGGUGUUGAUUACGCUGCGGGCGUUUCAGAGUAUAGGUGGUUCGGCGACGACGUUCUCGAGGAUCUUCAACUCUAUACGAAUGAUCCGUCAUCCGGACGCUGCUGUGAUUCUCUGGAUGGUCGCUUCCUCCUACGGAAUCUACUAUACCUUCCAAGUGGCCCAUUCCGUCAUCUUCAAAGACCUAUACAACUACAACGAGCUACAAAUCGGACUAAGCUUCCUACCUGCGCUGGCUGGCAUGACAAUCGGCGGGACGAUAGCCGGCAAACUCAUGGACAUAAACUACGCGCACCACGCGCGUCAAGCCGAGAUUGUCGACCCAGCAAACAUCCUGGAUUUCCCGAUCGAACGCGCUCGGUUCAGGAAUAUGGUUCCAUUGAUUCUAAUCGAGACGGCACUGGUCACAGGCUAUGGAUGGACGGUGCAACAACACACUCACCCCGCUGUCCCCCUUGUACUGGAAUUCUUCGUUUCCGCACUGGCUACUCUGCUAAGUCACACUGCGAAUGCACUGCUCGUGGAUGUGUUUCCUGAAGUACCGAGCACGGCGUACGCGUCGGGUCAGCUUGCGCGUGGCGCGUUUAGUGCUGCGUCUGCUGCUAUCAUUGAUCCUCUGGGACGGGAUGUUUGA